UUGGUCAGUAUGUAUAUAUCCUUGUCGCCUAGAUUUGUGUAUAUAUAGAAACAAGAUACUGGUGGUAAGCAGAACCUAGAAGAGACACAAGAAAUAAGAUGAAACAUAGUCUAUUUUUCCUUGCUGUAUUACCAUGUGUGUUUGGAAUAUUUGGAAAGAAAUGUGUUGUUGAUCCGAUAGAAAACAGAUGGCCGGACAUGGGAAAGAUAUGUCAUGAUCCGUUAGAAUAUAAUCAUAUUGCUAUAGAACAGGCUAUAAUAGAUGAUCCAGAAAUCCAGAUAUAUUUACAAGAUGCCAGUAGAAUAUACCAACCAGCUGUUCCUUAUGAUGACCCUCAUAUCUGCCCCCUUGAUAUUGGAAAUCCCAGUGGACCACAGAUUGUAGAAUGUGGCAGUAUAUGUCCCAGCUCUUACACUAACCUUACAACAGUUUGGUAUGAGUACGAACCAGGAAGGACAACCAUGUGUAACGUUAUGAGACCAUGGCAGCAAAUUGUUUAUUAUAUGCAAUGCGGAACCAAAUAUCCACUGGUUGAUGGUAUGGAUAACUCGUUCCAAUGUGUACCAGAAGAUAUCAUCAGACGUAAAAUAGCUGUGUAUUGUCCGAAUAUUGUACCACAAUGUAGAAAAAUGGAUAUUGAUUUACCACAACACUGUGCUGCCAGCAAAUUUCAAUGUAGACAGAAAAAGGUUUCACAGCAAUCAAAAUUGGACAAUCUUUUUGCUUCUUUUGGUUGGUAACAUCGAUGAAGAGUGAUUCGUUUUACUAGACACAUCAAUCUGACUUUCAUUUUAAGUUAUCUGUGAUUAUAUAAUACAUGUUAAAGGUUUUUGUUUAACUAUUUGUUGGUACCAAUAUUUAAUAAUAAAAUGUUUUAAAAAAUAAUGUCGUAGUCUUAUAUAAUCCAUAUUAUUUUUGUAAUCAAACUUGUGACUUUUUGAUGAGAUAUACAAAUGCUGUAAAAUACAUUCAAGAUAAAAAAAAAAUAUGGAAAAUGUAAAUAAUAAAUAAAAAAAGAAGCUCUGAUAUGAUAACCAUUUUUUUUCUCUCACAUUAACGCUGACGAAUGUAUAUUGUAAGACUUGUUUUUUGAAUUGUAACGUAUAUUCAAGUUUGUAAAUAUACAGAACUAAAUAACCCCAAGAAUGUCGACCUAUUAGGUGAUGCGUUAUAAUAAAUUAGCUUUGCACCAUAAGUGCAUGCUAACAUGGUACAUAUUCAAUACACGAAUUUGAACAGAAAGGUAUUCAUUCUAGAAUGAAAACUUUUCGAGAGUUUUGCAAAUCUAAGCCAUUUUUUAAAUGUCUCAUUUAACAUCUUGGACUAUUCAUAAUCUUUUCUCUUCACUCUUUGCUGAACCAACAUUUUUCCUGUAUUAUUUUGACGUACAUUUCAAAUUUGUUAUUGUAUAAAUGAAUAAUUCAUCACCGUAAACAAGUUGAGUACCUUUCGCUUUACGUUCUAACAUUAAUCUUUUUUUAUAAUGUAACAAAUUGUCACAACACAUUUGUACCUUUGUUCCAAAAAUAAAAAAAACAAGGUUAACAUUG